UCGCCGACAACAAACAUGGCGGCCGGAGUGACGCGGCGUGAGAAGAAGGAGCAGCUGAACGUGAAAGACGAUGAACAUCAACAGAAAGAGGCGACGUUUAUUCAGUGGAAUUAUGAAUCACCGCCGUGUCGAAGCGUCGCGGAGCUGCAGCAGUGCAACAAAGACGAGCUAGAGACGGAACUGAAGCAGAUCCUCGACCUCCAGAAUCCCGACACGUGCAUGAGAGAAGCCGCACUGCUGGAUUUCUACAGCUCUGUCUUCAGUUGGGCAAAGGAAUCAAACUUCAGUCCCACGCAGACGUCGUUCUCCGUGGCUCUGCUACAGACGCUGCUGGAGAACAUACGAGACAAACAUAUGUGUAUGGUGGAGAACCUGGGGGAGUUUGCUAAGGCGUUAGCUCCCGCCUGCCAGAACCCGAUGGAGGACGAUUCUUCUCCACUUCUGGACGUAGAAGACGCCAAAGAACUCACGAGUUACUUCAAAACCAGUUUGUUCCAGAAAUACAAUCUCUUCCAGUUCCUGCUCACGACGCCCAGAGAGGAAUCACUGAGCAGCGAGGCGAAAACCAUCGAAGUGUUCACUUAUCCGGACACACCGCUGGAGGAAAGCGUCCCCGCUAAUCUGUACUUGGAGUAACGAGUCUGACCUUUGCCUUUUAAACAGAGUCACAAAGAUAGCAGUUAGCUGGUGUAGCAUCUAUAUUUCUCUCUAAUUGUGUUCAGUUUGAUCACGUUUUUUCUCACAAACACUGUAAAAAAUAACAUAUUACACUACAUUUUAUUACAGUUUUGCUGGCAUGUUUGGGUAUUUGUUGGCAGUUUUUCAUUUCUAUGUAGCUUUGUUUUUAGCUGCAAUAAGAGAAUGAAUAUUUAAAUGUAAAUUUAAUAAGUCAAUUCUGUAACAUCAGAUGCAGUUUGUGUGUUUUUGUUGUCAAAGUAAACAUCUUAUACCGUC